GUCCAUCAGAGCCGGUUAACAGCAGCGUUGCCAAUUGACCAUAAUAGUUGCGGCACCUUCAGGAUUUAUUUGUAUCUGGUUAGCGGGAGUCGCUUCAGGGAGUUUCUGUUUUCUUUGCUUCCGGUGAAGUGGGGGAAUGGAUGGGCUUGGGGAAGAUAUGAAGUUGUUAAAACUCUGCGUGCCUUUUAUUUGGUUUGGUUUGGUUCAUACGUACAACAUUGAUCUGGAACACCCAGUCGUUUUUCAGGGAACUAGCGGGACUUUCUUCGGGUACUCGGUGCUGGAGCAUUUCCACGACAACACCCGGUGGGUGCUGGUUGGGGCCCCCCAGGCGAACUCGACUUAUAGUUCAUCUGUGCAGUCCCCGGGCGCCUUGUACAAAUGUCGAAUCCACAGUAACCCCGCCAACAGAUGUACAGAGUUGGACCUGGGUCGAGGGAAUCAGCAAGGAAAAUCUUGUGGUAAAACUUGCAGAGAGAACAGGAACAAUGAGUGGAUGGGAGUGAGUCUGUCCAGACAGGAAGGAGGCAAUGGUAGUAUUCUGGCAUGUGCACAUCGUUGGAAGAACGUCCACUAUGAGAAUGAUCACAUCCUGCCCCACGGUGCCUGCUACAUCAUUCCACCUAAUUUAUCCCCAAAAACGAAAGAGUUGCUCCCCUGCUACCAAGAAUAUAAGAAGAAAUAUGGAGAGGAACACGGCUCCUGCCAAGCUGGGAUAGCAGGCCAUUUUGCUGAAAACCUUGUUGUAAUGGGAGCACCUGGGUCAUACUACUGGACUGGUACAGUGAAAGUUUACAGUUUGAAAGAUGGCAAAAAUUAUCAUUUUGAGGAUUCAGGUUUUGGGUCCAGCCACUACCGUUACCUGGGGUACUCAGUGGCUACAGGCCACUUCACACAACCCAGUUCUUUGGAGAUCGUAGGAGGAGCUCCGCAAGAUGGAGGUGUUGGAAAGGUGUACAUAUUUAAAAUUGAUGUAGAUAAACUCUCAACAGUGUCCACUUUGCCAGGAAAAGAGAUGGGCUCGUAUUUUGGCUCAUCACUGUGUGCAGUUGACUUGAAUGAAGAUGGUUACUCAGAUCUUCUAGUUGGAGCUCCUAUGUCCACGCAAAUAAGAGAUGAGGGUCAAGUAACAGUUUUCAUCAACAGAGGCAAUGCAGUCCUGGAAGAACAGCAGGUUUUGAAUGGAGAUAGCAUGUACAAUGCUCACUUUGGAGAGUGUAUUGGUGCUCUUGGUGAUAUUGAUGAUGAUGGCUUUCCAGAUAUAGCGAUUGGAGCACCUAAUGAAAAUGAUUUUAGAGGAGCUGUCUACAUUUAUCAUGGAGAUACCAAUGGAAUUGUCUCCAAAUAUUCAAUGAAGGUGUUGGCACAGAAAAUCAAUCCAGAAUUGCGCAUGUUUGGCCAAUCCAUUUCGGGAGGAGUGGACAUGGAUGGAAAUGCUUAUAAAGAUGUAACCAUUGGUGCUUUCAUGUCAGACAGUGUGGUUCUGCUGAGAGCUCGUCCAGUUAUUACUAUGGAGAUUGUUAUCCUCCUUCCCAGCUCAAUUAACAUCACAGCUCCACAGUGCCAUGAUGGCUUGCAGUCAUUCAACUGCCUAAAUGUCACUACUUGUUUCCGCUUUCAUGGCAAGCAGGUCCCUGGUGAAAUAGAACUGGUUUACAAUCUGACAGCAGAUGUCGUCAAGAAAGAGAAAGGCCUACAGACCCGAGUUUACAUCCGUGCAAACGAACCAGUGAGCCAGGUCACGGAGAAGAUCGGGCUGACCUCCAAGAUGGAGAGUUGCAAGCAUUAUUUUGUCGUUGUCAAGCGGGAGGUGAAGGAUGUGAUUGCACCAAUUGUCUUUGAAGUAUCAUACAGACUGGGCAAGCACAAAAUUGGUGACAAGACUCUGAAGGAUCUUCCAGCUUUGCAACCAAUCCUACGCUGGAAGAAAGGUCAUAAACUUGCUCAUCGAAACCAGACUGUUUUUGAAAGGAACUGUAUGUCAGAUGACUGUGCUGCUGAUCUGCGACUUCAAGGCAAGCUGUUCCUGUCCAGCUUUAAUAGACACAAGACUUUCCUAGCACUGGGGGCAGUGAAGAACAUCUCUGUGAAUGUGACCAUCUUAAAUGCUGGGGACGAUGCAUAUGACACCAACGUUUAUUUUAACUUCUCUCAAGAGCUCUUCUUCAUCAAGAUGUGGCAGAAGGAAGAAAGAGGCACUAACUGUGAGCUGGUGGAGUCAGACUUCCUGAAAUGCAGUGUGGGAUUUCCUUUCAUGAGACGACAUUCUAAGUAUGAAUUCAGCGUGAUUUUUGAUACAAGUCACCUUUAUGGAGAGCAGGAGAAUUUGGAAUUCAUAGUCACAACACAGAGUGGGAACGUAGAGCAUAAUGACACUCUGCAUGACAACACACUUAUCCUCACAAUGCCUCUGAAACAUGAAGUGGAUACUGCUGUUACAGGGUCUAUUUCUCCAGCCUCCUUUCUUUAUGGUGAUUCAGUGGAUGCUUCAAGAUUUAUUCAGAUGGAUGAUAUGUCCUGUUUCUUUCAACCAUUCAACUUGACAUUUCAGGUUAUAAACAUGGGCCCAAGCAGUGCACCUGGUCUGGCUGUCCAAAUUCUGAUUCCUAGCAGGCUCUUUACAAAUGGGGCAGAUAUCUUUCUUGUCAAGGAGGCUGUGGUUGGUCAGGGAGGCAAUUGCACCUACCGCCAGAGCAUUCAACCUUGCUUCAUACCUCAAGAUAAAGAGAAUAUCUUCCACACAAUCUUUGCCUUCUUCACCAAGUCCGGCAGGAAAGUGCUGGAUUGCGAUAGACCUGGCCGACCUUGUUUGAUCAUCGACUGUGAAUUAUUUUCUGUAGCAAAGGAAGAAACCAGAAACAUUUAUGUCCACUUGCUACUGAAUACUGAGAUAUUGAAAAAGGACAGUGCCUCAGUUAUUCAGUUUGUAACCAGGGCAAAAGGAAUGGUCUCAGAAGACAGAAGAAUAGUGGAGGUGGCAGGUGGACUUCCUGAAGAUGCAACAGUGGUGUUUGAAGCAUUGCAUAAUCUGGAACCUCGUGGUUAUGUCGUGGGAUGGAUCAUCGCUAUUAGUCUGUUUGUUGGAAUACUCAUCUUCCUGCUGCUUGCUGUUUUGCUCUGGAAGAUGGGCUUCUUUCGCCGAAGGUACAAAGAAAUCAUUGAAGCUGAGAAGAACAGAAAGGACAGUGAAGAAAGCUGGGACUGGCUCCAGAAAGACCAGUGAGCUCCAGAGAAUUAAAUCAUGUGACAUGCAGCAGAUAACUGACCCUGCUCCAGAGCCUUCCAUAUCUGGAAGAGAGAUCCUUCUCCAGAUUUUUUGGAGAACUGAUAAUUGAAUAUUUGUGUAAUUCAGCAGCUGGAAGUGUUCCUGAGGCAGACACACCAAGCAGAAGAUCUGUUGUGUGGUGCUUGGGCUUCCUUUAAGAAUUAAGAAUGCAAAUGCUGUGGAGACUAAGAAUGGAAGAGAAUAGGAUUUGCAACAACACAGCCCUCAGGAGAUAAAUUCUCUUUGUGUGUUUAGUAAAGAAAAGCAAAUAUUUUUAUAAGAGAAGAACUUGUCUGUUCAAAUGUUUAUUCCUUUAUAUUUUUAUCCAAAAGUUUUUAUCCAAAUGUAAUUUACUCAUAUUCAGUUGUUUAUCAGACUCACUGCACUGAUGUCUUGCUCAGAGCCUGAGUGAUGACAAUUUGAUGAAGAAGCUAUUUUGCCAGAAGCUCUUUGCAGUAAGAUCAACCUUGGUGAUGAAAUUCAUGACCACUUGCAGAGUUAUCUACCACUUUCAGUACUGUACAUACUUUGCACUUUGCCUCAAUCUCUUUUCCAUUAUCUGCUGUCUGAAACAGUGAGAUUGUGUUGCUGUACACUAUAUAAAAUAUACUUUUCAGCCUAUCAUGGAAGUUGGGAGCAGCUGAGGAAUUAUUAAAGGCCUCCAUGCUCUAGUUAGCUCCAAGAAAAUGAUUUCUGUGUCAGGCCAUAAUUCAGAGACUUCUCCCCUCAUCAGCUAAAACUAUACCAUGUGUCGUUCGGUUAGAAUAAAGUUUGUCUAUGGUAAUCUCUAACACACAGUACUGACUUUUACCACUGGAUCUCAAGACAGGAACAAUGGCUGCCUACCUGCAUCUGCAGAGAAAAUAGUUGGUGGACUAGUAUGCAGGCAAUAGCACAAAACUUUCACGAAGUUUGGGAGAAAGCUGAUAAAGAAAGGAAUAAAACAGUUUCUGUAUUUCUACAGGAUUCCUAAGACACUCCUCGCACACCAAGUUAUCACAGAAAUAUUUGUUGAAUGAGAUGAGGGGAGAGAGACGAGGGAGAAGAAUUAAGGACUGGAGUGAAAACAGUCAAGUGGGGAACAUCAGAAGAAGUUUGACGACUGAGGAAAAGUGUGAGGAGGUUUAUUGUGAAGCAUCUGAUAGCAGAACUGAAAGUUUAAGAUACUUUACAUGUGGUGGAAAAUAAUGAGAGGUGCAUUUGCAGGUGGUGAGGAGGUAAGUGAAUUAGAUGGGAUAAAUUUUGAUUGCUUGGGAAAUUGAGGGCUGUGGGCAACUGGCAUGGUAGAAGAGAGGAAGCCUAGUGUAGAUCAGCCAUGAUCAUAAACAAGAAAUUCUGCAGAUGCUGGAACUCCAGAGUAUCAUACACAAAAUGCUGGAGGAACUCAGCAGGUCAGGGAGCAUCUAUGGAAAUGAGCUAACAGUCGAUGUUUCCAGCCAAGAUGAGACAGGAAAGGAAGGAGGAAGUUGCCAGAAUAAAGAAGUGGGGCGAAGGAAAGGAGGGCAAGUUAGAAGGUAAGAUAGCAGCAUGCUCAGACGCAGUGGCUUUUACAGAGGCAACCAAAGAUAUAAUUGACUUUUUUAAACAUACUUUUUGCAAUUGCAAGAACCUGCUGGACAUUGAAAACUUAAAGUACUUCAGGUGUACCCCAUCAGCGAGUUGCUUGUUGGCAGAGAAGCUAGAGGAUCUGGACGUGGUGUGGAUUGUGCUGCUGUUUGAGUCAGAGAGUCGGUGUUGAUGCACGAAUGUGGUGUCCGGCCUAACAGCGAGUGAUCGUCUUCCUCAAUUUUUCUUGUGAAUGCAAGACCCUGUUGGACAUUGUUAAUGUGGAAUUGCUGCAGGUUGGUUUCACUGGUUUAUUGGGUCAUGGUAAGAUGGACAGUGAAGGGGAGCUUCAUGGUCUCAGUUGUAGCAAGGACUAGGCAUCAAGCCGUGUGUCACUCAGGAGAGAGGCAUCGAAGCUGCUGCGUUCCACUGGAGUGCCAGAGGCAACUGGUGCAGCCUCCGUGCUGGGAAUGGUGUUGCCCCCAGUGUUCACUCAUUCAGCUGCAGACUGCUGCAGUGCCCAUGGACUAAGCUUUUCUGUGACUGUAUUUCACUGCUAUCUAUUCGUGUUAUAUGUACCUUGUGCUGUGUGUGACUGUUGGUUCUGUGCUUUUCACCUUGCCUCCGGAGUAACGCUGUUUCAUUUGCCUGUAUUCAUGGUAUUAGGGUAUGGUUGAAUGACAAUUAAACUAGAAGGUGAUAGGUGAAGCCAGGUGGGUGGGAAAGGUAAAGGGCUCGAGUGUAAGGAAUCUGACAGGGCAGGAGAGUGGACCAUGGGAGAAAGGGAAGAAGGAGGGGCGCCACGGGGAGGUGAUAGGAAAGUGAGGUAAGGGUAAGAGGCCGUGGGGAUAGAAGAAGACAGAAGGGGGAGGGAAAGAGAAAAUGAAAUUACCUGAAGGGAAAUCAAUGUUCAUACCAUCAGGUUGGAGGCUACCCAGAUGGAAUAUGAAGUGUUGCUCCUCCACCCUGAGCUGGCUUGAUCAUUGCAGAAGAGGGGUCCAUGGACCAAUAUAUCAAAUGUGGAUUUGAAAUAAAUUGGUUGGAAACCCAGAAAUUUUGCUUUUGGCAGAUGGAGCGGAGGUGCUCGAGAAAGCAUUCUCCGAUUUAUGUCCGGUCUCGACAAUGUAGGGUUGGCCGCAUCGGGAGCAUUAGAUACAAUAGAUGGCCUUAACAGAUUCAGAGGUCACGUGUUGCCUCACCUGGAGGGACUCUUUAGGAGCCUGAAUGGAGGUGAGGGAGGAAGAGCUCUCACCUUCUAGCUUGUCCUCAUUCCCCUCCCUCACCUUUUUAUUCUGGCAUCUUACCCCUAAUGAAUGGUCUUAGCCUGACCCAUCGACUGAUUAUUCAUUUUCUCGGAUGCUGCCUGACCUGUUGAGUUCCUCCAGCAUUUUUGUGUGUGUUGUUAGUCAUGAUCAUUUUGGAAGGUGAAUCAGGUUUGAGGGACUGAGUGGGCUGAUUAUAUAUGCAUAGAUUCUUGUAUUGGAGUAAGGUGGAUUAAUUCCCGUGGUUUGUGUAUAUUUAGAAUGUGUUAACUUUGUUAAUUCCUCUUCAAAAGUGUCAUGAAGGGAAAUCCUUCUCACUGACUCUUGACUUUCUGGUGACUGAGAUGCUUGUGCAAUACUGAAAUAUGAUACUAACAAAAGCAAUACUAAACAUUCUGAGGAAAGUUUAAUUCUGGAGCUUUCAUUCGUGUUCUAGUUACCUUAAUACUCAACUAUUGCAAAGCAAUUCCAGCAGCCUCCCUUCUUUCAAUUUCUAUAAGCUUGAGGUAUUCAAACAUGCUGCUCACUGCCCUGUGUAGUGCACACCCAGUUAUGUUUCCCCAUUAUCCCUAUGCUCACAUUAGCUUCAAAAUAAGCAAAUUUUGAAAUUGUUGCCCACAAUUUCAAAUCCAUCCACGCUAUUGCCAUGUCAUUUCCUUCCAUCAUUCUGACAAUCAAAACAUCUGCUCAUUCCACUGAUUGAAACAUCCCACCAUUGACCAGGUGGAGUUAAAUUUACCCGAUAGAGGCAUAUCAAGUUAUAAGAGGUAUAGGGGGAGUAAAUACAAUCUUUUCCCCAUUUUAGAUACAUCAAGGUGAGGGUUUUAAGUUCAGAGGAAGGGGAUUUUAAAGGGGGAUUAAUUGGUAAGUGUGUUUAUUGCAUAAAGAAUGGUUGGUAUGUGGAAGUUGCUAUCUAAGGAAGUGGUUAAUUCAGCUAUCAUCACAACAUUAAAGAAGCUUUUAGACAGGUACAGUAAUUAAAUGGGAAUGUCUUUGAAGGACAUGCCCAUGUCCUAACGUGGGCAAAUAGCUCAGCAGGAACAUGCACCAUGUCCUGUACUACGAUGGCCCUCAAAGACUCUUACCAACAUCUCCUUAUUUGAUACGGAAAUAAAUUUUGUUUGAUGAUACUCUUGUGAAGCUAGAGAUAUAAUUGAAAUUGUUGAUGUGUGUCAUGUAGCAUAAUUAAUGAGUUUCUGUUAUUGAAUGUUAGUAGGUUAUUAAUUUCCUGACAUGGAUUAUGGUGGAAUGCAAUAUAAAUGAGGAUGAUUCAAACCUGCUAAGGAAUUCAGUUGACCUACAUGCAGUUUGCAAUCUGUUUGCCUGAAGCUCUGGAUAACAGCAUCACUGAACUUCCUUCCCUGACACAAUAGUGUAGUAAUCGGUGUAGCACAAUGCAGUAACAGCAUUCUGAAGAUCAGGAUUCGAUUUCUGCCACUGUCUGUAAGGACUGAACACUCUCACUGUAAUCAUGUGAGUUUGCCCUGGCUCUGGUUUCCUCCACAUUACAAAGAUUUUAAGUGUAGUAAGUGUGGGCAGCACGUCCUCAGACUGUGUUUGAUAUUGAUGCAAACGAUGCAUUUCACUGUAUAUUUCAAUGUGCAUGUGACAAAUAAAGUGAAUCUUUAUGUCUAUAAUGUAAGGAAACCAAAAUGUCUCCCAAAACUUCAAAUGAACUAAGUUCUCAGUGAGAUUUGUUCACUGUAAUACUUAACAAAGUAGAUUGUGCUUGAAGUUGGUGAUAAUUGUUCACAGCUUUACGCUGCAGGAGAUUUUAUUUAUUUGCAUGUGCUGGUAAUAUGCACUAAGCAUAGAUGGAGGUAACUGCAACAUUUUUGUGACAGGAAUGGGGCAGUAAUGCCAUUUGCUUGCUGAAGGUUAUGUCAUGAAGGUGAGUCUCUGGAAUUAGAUCACAAUUAGGGCAUGAUUGUACAUUGCAGGACAGAUUUAAAUCUGAAAAGCCUGCCUUCAUUUCACCAGGAUGUCGUCUGCAUUACUGGAUAAAUUCUGUAUUUUGCCCACUGAAAGAGAGCAGGAAAGGUCCAUAGAAUCAUAUUCUAAUAGGGCACUCAUUGGUAAACUUCAACAAGGUUCAGACACCCAGUGGAGAAGUAAAUGGGAAUAUAAUUACCUCUUUUUAUGUAGUUCUGUGACCUGAUUGAGUGAAAUUCUGGAUUAUUUAUUUAUGGAGUUACUACAUGGAAUAGGCCAUAACAGUCCUUCGAGUCACGCUGCUCAGCAAUCCCCCGAUUUAAUCAUGGAACAAUUCACAAAGACUAAUUAACCCACCGCUCAGACUGUGGGAGGAAACCAGAGCUGCCAGUGGAAACACACACGGUCACAGGGAGAAUGUACAGGACAGCAGCGGGAAUUGAACCCGGAUCGCUGCUACUGUGAAGCAAUGUCCGAACCACCACACUACCUUCUGCAAGGCGCUCAGGGGGAAAUGACAACAGAAUCUCCAGUGUGGAUCUAAAUCAGUGUGAAGUCAGGUUCACAGAAUGGCAAUAAUGGUUGAAUGCUCUUCAAUAUUGGUUGAUAAUCAAGUCACAGAAAAGAUACAAAUAUAAAAUUGAUUUUUCUCAAUAAAGCACACUGGUCACUGCCUCAACAAAAAUAAGUAACUUGUCAAGUAGAUUUAUUCCAUACUCAUAUGUUCACAGAAAGUUCAGAUCAAUAAGAAAAUGUUAUUUUAACUGUUGGAGAGAAUGUACACCUCACAGAACAACUGCACGUCUGUCAGAACCUCAUUGUGUAAACAUUCCAACCAGCGGCGUUUGAGACUCAAUGUCAGACCUUGAUAAUUGGGCAAGAGAAAGAGCUGGACUCUGGACUUUAUCUUGGAAGAAUGUAAUUGCUAUGAAACUAAUGACUUGCCAAUCUCCAGCUUAAAAAAGAAAAAAAAAAUCUCAAUAUUUUUGUGGCAGUCCAUUUAUUAAACUUGUUACUACUAGCA